AAUCGGAGUAUUUGGCACGUGCACAUAUGAAUAGAAAAAUAAAAAACCAAAUCAAAUAUGAAAUAUGCCGAUAUCGCUGAUGUCAAAUAAAUGGAACAUGUGUUCAGCUAUAGACUUUUGGACCACGUAUAUAUUUUAAAUUGUAUUCUUAUUCUAGAUUGUCGAAAGAAAAUUGAGAGGAGAGAUAAAUUAUACAAAAUAAUUGAGUUGUUAAAGUAAUGGAGCAAGAAUAUACCAUAGAUUUAUUGGAAAAUGUAAACGUAGAAGACUCUGCUUUCAAACAAAUGUGUUGGAAAGUCGCAGAAGAUAUCAAGAAUGGUAUUCUCACGUUUAUGGAUUUCAUAUUACUACUAAAUAAUUUUUUAACCAAUGAUUCUCCGUUGAAAAGAGAACGAGGAAUUACUGUAGUAAAUGAAGUUUUGAAAAAAUUGCCCCCGGAGUUUAUGACUUCUCAGGAGAUUCGAGCAAUCGCUGAGUAUUAUACUGCAAAUUUGAGUCAUCAUCAUCAGGGCCUGCCUUGUACAUUACAGGGAAUUUUAACUUUGAUAGAAUUUGAAAAUUUUCCAGGAGAAUGUGUUCCUGAUCUUCUGAAAUCAAUCUUUCGGAAUGUUUCUUGUCAGCAACAGCAGCGAGCUGACAGAUAUAAAAUUUACUGCAUAUUCCAUAUUUUGUCAGUGAAGUUUCAAGCUGAAUUGGUUUCGAUGAAAUUAGAGUAUGUUCAAGGAGUGAUGAACGCUAUAGAUGGCGAAAGGGAUCCUAAAAAUCUUCUAUUUUUAUUCAAAUGGUUGAGAAUAUUUUUUUCUUUCGUUAGCUUGGGACACUUGUCUGAAGAUAUGUUUGAAACUAUAGCUUGCUACUUUCCAGUUGAUUAUACAGUGCCUGUCAACUCAAACAGUCCUACAAGAGAUGAUCUGGCAGAAGCAUUGCUACCCUGUUUGUGUGCCAUUCCCGAUUUUGGAAAGUACUGCAUUCCAUUAGCAUUGGAAAAAUCGAAAGCUCUAGGGAAAGUAGCAAUACUGGAUUCUUUGAAAUUACUGAGAAAAGGAUGUCUCGUCUUUGAAAUAUCGUUGUAUAUUGACAGUGCUCCAGAGAUCUGUUUACAAUUACUACAACUGAUAUUCUCGAAUAUCAAGAAUAAUCCUGAAGUAGUAACUGAAUCUCUUCAAGUACUUUCUGAUGUGAUAAAGAAAAUUUCCGAACAAGAUGAAAAUGAACAGUAUAAAGCUUUAUUGAGCAACAUAAUUGAUACUGUGAAGGGGAACUUGUUACCUGCAUCUAAUCUCUUCAAAACUUCGAUUAAAAUUUUGGUUAAUGCAGCUCUUGGUUCAAAAAAUUCAACCAACUACGUUUUACAGGAAAUUGUACCUCUUCUGACGAACGUCCAUCAAAUGACAAUACAGGAGCUUCAAAAAGUAUCGGUUCUGAAGUCUCUAGUGGAAUUGACUGAAUGUUAUUUGAAGUAUCAUGAAGAUUUCAACGGUUGCAAAUGUUUUCCGGAGCUGGCUAGAGUUCCUUCCUUGUGUUUAGACCUACUCAAAAGUAACAUCAAUUUCAAGAAGGAGGCGUACAAUUUCCUGGCUGUUUUGGUUCCCUGUCUAUCCACAAAUGAGAGGUUAGAACUUUAUCCAAGGCUAAAAAACUCUAUUUUAAUUGAUACAGGGCCUAUUCUGGAGAAAGCUGUGUUGGAUUGUCUGAAAGCUUUAGCGAAAUAUUAUUUUGAUGAAGUAAAAGAAAAAGUAUUGUCUUUCGAUGGAUUGGACUGUGUGGAGGUUGAUAGAAUUUUACAUGCUCAAUCUGUGUUAGGUCAUUUGAGGGAGCAUCGAGAUUACGUUUCAGAUUGCUUCUUGCACUGUCUUAGGAGCUCUAAGUAUGCUACAACUGCUGUGGAAAAUAUUAUGAUGAUGUUGCGAGAAACCGUAAAUGAUUUUGGAAUCGCGGAAGCCCUAGUCGAAAGGGGUGCGGUAGAUAUCUUGAUUGAACUAGGCUUGUCGAAUGAAGACAAUAUUAAUUUAGUUCGUAACAUUUCCGAAACUCUGCAACUAUUAAUAGGACCGCAGAAAAAAGAAAUUCAAGAAGAAAUCGUCAUUAGGCACUUGCAGACAGUUUAUUCGUACACACUUCGAUCAGAAAACAAUAUAAUGAUGUUGAAUGGUAUUAUCUUCAGGCUGAGACAAGACGUUAAUGUAAUGGACAAUGUUCUGGAAUUGUCUUUUACUAUUACCAAUAGUUGCGACGAGUAUUAUGCAGGAGAAGCCAGGGAGCUUUUGGCCAAUUUAAUCAACAAAUAUCAGAAUGGAGAAUUGUUGAACACUCAUUUAUCAACUCUGAAACAAAAAUGUUUACAAUCGUUAAACACUCAAGUUACAAAUACAGUACCUACGAUAGCUUGGAUAACUAAAGCACUUCUCAUGAGAAACCAUCCACAGGGCAUACCUUGGCUUGAUUGGUUGCUGGGGAUGAUUGAAAAAUACACUGAAGUACUGGAUGGAUUGAAAAUUAUUAUGAACGAUAGUUAUGAUUCAACUCCAAACUGCCAUUUCAUCAUAAUGUCGUUAUACAAACAAAAAGCUUUCACGUUCAUAUCAAAUAGAAUAUGUGAAAAUUACAAAGAAGGUAAAACUGUCUAUUUGAAUGCCAUGGGAAGUAUAAUGGAAUUUAUUCCAGCAAAAGUAUUUCUAAUUCAUUUUUCUAAGAUUUCCAGAAUAAUUCUACUUUGUUUGGAGAAAAAUAAUGAACCAGAAAUCCUACAAGCAAUUUUGAGUAAGAUCAGUUUUAUUGCCUGUGACCAACCAGACUUGAUAGAAAGUCAUCUAGAAGACUUUUUAACUAGAAUAUUGAAAUUGACUUUGUAUAAACAAAAAAUGGGAGUAAGAAUUGCGGCACUUGAAACGCUCACCUUAUUCAGUCAAAAGCUUUCAGUUUAUAGACUCAUACCUUCCAAAACUGAAGUAUUGACUCAUCUAAAUCAGUGUCUUGACGACCGGAAACGGCUAGUGAGACAAGCUGCUACGAAAGCAAUAAGUUCGUGGUAUCUUGUGGAGGCUUCUGAAUAACACUUCACACACAAUGUUUUUUUCAAUUGUAAGAUGGAAUUGUUUUGUAUAAAUAUAUUUUGUGGUUUGA